AGGGAAAUUUCUCCAUUUUCCACCCCUGUCUACGGCGGCGCGGACACAAAUCUGGGAUUUUUAUUACUUCUCUUAACUUGGCAGUUUUUUUUUCGUUGCAGUUUUUUCCCCGCUGCAGUUUCGUUCAACAGUGACUGGACGUUGAUUUUUUUUGGUUUUGCUUGUAGAGUAAAACUUUGCGGAGGGGGACGUUUGCGCAGAGUUCUCGUGCGAGGGGGAGAAGAGGCUCGUGCUCUUUUGUUCGCGUUUUUUGGACCCGCUCGGUUUUCUUUGUUGCACCGAAAGCAUGGGAGCGCAAUUCUCCAAGACCGCCGCCAAGGGCGAAACCGCGGCUGAAAAGGCCGGGGAAGCGGCCGCUUCACCCUCCAAGACAAACGGACAGGAGAAUGGGCAUGUGAAAGUGAAUGGGGAUGCUUCUCCUGCGGCAGCAGAGGCAGGAAAAGAGGAGGUGCAGGCCAACGGCAGCGCCACAGCUGAGGAGAGCCCAAAGGAGGAGGCGGAGGCAGUGUCAGCUGAAGCAGGCAAGGAGGAGGGGGACAAGGAGAAUGCCGAGGCUGCCUCCCCAGCUGCCGAGGGCGAUGGUGCUGCUGCCAAGGCGGAGGAAGGUGCCACGCCCUCUACUAGCGGAGAAACCCCCAAAAAGAAGAAGAAGCGCUUCUCCUUCAAGAAGUCCUUCAAGCUGAGUGGAUUCUCCUUCAAGAAGACCAAGAAGGAGACGACUGAGGGGGCAGAGGGCGAGGACGCCACUGCUGCCUCCACAGAGGAAGCCAAGAAAGAGGAGCCCGAGGCGAACGCUACCACCGAGGACGCCAAGCCUGCCACGGAGGAGGCAGCAGCACCUGCCAGUGGGGAGGAGGCCAAGGAGGUGAGCUCACAAGAGGCCAAGCCCGAGGAGACAGCGGCACCGGCCGAGGAGGCGAAGGCAGCCCCCGCUCCCGAGGAGCCGAAGGAGAAGGCCGCAGAGGAAAAACCUGCCGAGCCCGAGGCCAAGGCCGCCGAGCAGGAGGUGCCCAAAGCAGAGGAGGCUGCGGCACCCGCUGCGCAGGAGGCCGCUUCCAGUCCAGAAGCCCCCGCUGCCACUGAGGCAGCUGAGUAAGGCUGGAGGCAGCCCAAGAGAAAUAGAAGUGGUGAAAGAGGGGGAAAAAAAAAAUGAAAAAAGGAGAAAAAGAUAAUCAAAGACCUUUUCCCUGUUUGUAUGUGGGAGCGGUGCCAGGGUUUGGCUUUGGAGAACUUGUCUACAUCCAGGGAUAUUUUAAAGCUUUUCUUUUGUUUUCCCUACCCCCCACAAAACCCAUCUCGCUCCAUUGUUACCACCAUUCCAAGGGGUAGAGAGGUGGGUGGCUUCGAUAAGUAAUAUGGGAAAAAAUAAAUGCAUCCACACUCUGCCGCAUUAUUUUUUUUUUUUUGCAUCAGUAUUAAAUGUUUUUUUUUUUAAUUCUUUUCUUUUUUUGCAUUUUUCUACAAAAUGUAAACUUGUCAAAUGUAUGGGCAUGCCCAUGGUCUGAAGGAGAUGGGUAGAUAAGCGAAGAUAUAAUGAAGGGGGUGAUGUGGUUGGUAGAGGCGCCUUUUUCUCACGCCUGUGAAACAUGCUACAGAUUGAUGUAAUGGGUAGUCUUAAAAUGGAAAUCACAGAUGUCUUUUGUGUACCAUGCAGUGUACAACACUAAGUCAUUUUUUUUCUUUUGCUCCGAAAAGACAAAAUACAGUUUCCCAGAACUAGGUUUUAGAAAGUCAUUUAAAGAAAUCAUAGAAGCUUUUCACUUCUCUCAUUAGCUGUACCAGUUGGUGAUUCAGUAGAAAUCCGAGUUGUAUAGGCUUUAUUGUUUAUUGCUGGUUUUAUGACCUUAAUAAAGUGUAAGUAUGUAUAGGCGGGGUGUUUUUAACUGUGAUUAUUGUACAAAUGAAAUCUUGAUCUCAAGAAGCACAUGAAGUUUGCAGCUCUUUUCCACCCUGCUCAUUUUUGUAAGAUAACAAAAGACAAAGUCAUCCUGGAAGACCUUUUAAGCAAUUUUGAACUCAACCAAGCUGUGAUAAGUGGAAUGGUUACUGUUUAUAUACUGUGGUAUGUUUUGAUUACAACAGACUUUUUUUUUCUUUUUUUUUUCUUUUUUUUUUUUCCAGUGGUCUUUGACAAAUUUAAGGAAUCUAUCAGAUGCAAUGUUUGUGUAGCAUCUUGUCUCUCUUUCUUUUGUAAAUACUGGAGAAGCUUUGACCAAUUUGACUUAGAGAUGGAAUGUAACUUUGCUUACAAAAAAAUUGCUAUUAAACUCCUCUGCUUAA